UUCACCCACAAAUCAUAUCAGCCUAACUUUGUAGCCUAUGGCAUCAGGUGUCGUGCUUGACUCCUUGGGUGAGGUCAUAGUGAUGCCACGGUCCUAUAGCGCCCCCAGGUUGAGCACAAUGUCCUUGGGUCUUAUAGUUGACGCUCGAUCAUAUAAUACGAUGAGUUGCUCAAAGAGUAGUGGCUUGAUCUCCACCAAAGCAAUCGUAUAACCCAAGUAUUUAAGGCGUCCGCGUCGGCUGUCGGCCAAGCCCGAAUAUUUCUGCGGAGUAAGGGUAACUACAUCGGACUAGGCUAGACAUAUCAAACGGUGCUGAAUAACCCCCCGAUAUUCCUAGCUCAGGAUAACCAAGUGAGUUGUCCACCGGCCAACACGAGGUCACUUACCUUCCACCUCAACCCUAAAGAUAAACGCGUCGUCUUCAUGACAACAAGUAUUUACAGUGAGGCUGCAGCCUUGCAGACCUUGAUAGAAGGUACGUCCGCUUUCCCCGGCCAGGUUGCCAAGCUCUAACCCCCCAGCGAACCUACGGGUAUUAUACCCAAUGCACCAAAUGGAGGUCGUGACAUACAAGGACGGCGGCGGUCAGAUAUACGCAUGCGUAGUCGGGGUGCCGAGUCACCGUGAGUGGUACGUGGGAGAGCUCGAGAUUCUGCACAAGGGCGAGCCUGGAAAUCCGCCAUUGGGUUUCAAGCACUCGCUGGAGAGUGUUUUCCGCGAAACUCAGGACUUAUUGGGGGCUCAACUACAGAAACAAUGUCGCACGGGGAGAUGAAACUUGACUGCAUUAUAUUGCAUUCCUGACAUGUGAUUGUUAAAUGUAUAAGUACUCCGCGAUUUUAGCUUGCU